AUGACUAUCACAUUUAUCCCAGGUGAGGUCAAUAAAAGUUCAUGUUCAGUAGUACAAUCCAAUUGGAAGAACCAUCACAUUAUUGCCUACGGGUCAGGUAACAAUUUGAUCAUAACUACAGCCACUAUUCAGCCAACCAAUAAGCGCCCCAACCCAUACAAUAUCGAUAAAGACUUACAAACUAUAUAUCUUGCAAAAGACCCCACAGCCAUUGAUAUCAAUCACAAGAAUGGUGUUAUUGCUGUUGCAUAUGAUGACAAACUUAUCAUUUACAGACCCAUGAAUGAAUACAUGGCCAUACCGAAAUGGACAUUAGCAAUUGAAUUUACUGUUGAUACCGAUGUCACGUCUCUUGAAUGGGCUUGUGAAGAGGAUGAAUUGGUGAUUGGUGGGAAGCAAAGUCUAUAUUUGUAUCAUGUGGCUGAACAAUAUGGUGAAUUUAAACUUCUACAGCGAUGGAGCUCAACACAACCUGGUGCUGUAUCGAAUAUAUGUAUAAGUCCCAAUGCAAAGCUCAUAAUGACUACAAGUGGUCCAUAUGACCGACUAGUUAAAGUAUGGACGAGAAUGAACUAUGGUGACGAAAAUUCUCAAUUUGAAGUGUCAUAUUUAGUCCACCCACCAGGUUCGCACGUGGUUGAUUUCCAUUGGCGCAGGAAAUCAAGUAAAAAGAGUGAAAAAGUACUAGAUGGAUCCAUGGCUCACAUUAGAAAGAUGAGGGGGUAUGUUAAUCUUAAUAAUGACGACAGUGAAGUGAUCUACACCUGGACUUCAGAUUAUCAGUUUAAAGCGUGGGCGUCGUAUGAAUCAAACGGACAUAAUCAUAUAAGCAAUUGGGCGAAUUUGGAUCUAACUAGUUGCUUUAAAGGAGAUGGCAUUAGAGCUGUUCUCAUUAUUGAAAAUAUAUACCUUCAAAACAGCUUGAUACCAUUGUUGAAGAGCUCUACAUCUAAUCUAUUUGAUGGACUCAACUUGCAUGAUAUUGAUUUAUUGUAUGUCAUUUCAAAUUCAGGGACAGCUAGGAUAUAUGCCGUGACUAAUAUAACACAAACACCACCCACAAACAUCAAAUUUAUCCCCAUUGGUGAGGAAUUGGAUCUUGAGUUUGGAAGAAACGAGUUCCCUCAUUUGGAUGUACGCUGUGAACAUGACUUGUCUGUGGAGUAUAUUGAGUCAAAUGAGUUUGUAACGACGCAUUUGAAGCCCGUAUUGAUAAAGGGUUUAUCGCGAUUGAAUAAUGAUGAGCGAGUAAAGUACCUUUCAUUUUUACUUCAUGAUCGAGUGAAAAACACAGUCCGGUUUGAAGUUAUUGAUUUUAAUAGACUUUUGAAAUCGGGAUCCUUGGGUAUCACAUUGGUGAAUAAAUAUCAGGGGCAUGUUAAAUCUAUCAGAAAGCUAAUCCGAUCAAAUUCGCUUUAUUCCUCAAAGAAUGUUGUGUUAUCUAUUUCCAAUUUCGCUAAGCAUAAUUAUAUUUGGGAACCAAUGAUUAUUGAAGAGAACGGAUUGAAUAUUAUGUCCAUUACCAAGCGAUUCAGAGUGGAAUUGUCAGGUGAUGGAAACAGUAUAUGGGACGCGGCAAUUAUAAACGAUAUUGAACCACCCAUUGGCUACAAACGACGUCAUGUGGUUGUUGUGGUUGAAAAAUUGGGCAAAUUGAGUCUUUGGGAUUGUAAUGGUUCGAUAAAUGAUGAUCAGCCGGCUACAAAGAUUGAUGUUGUUGAUUGUGAAGAGAGACAACCUAGGGCAUUUGUUUUGACCGAGUAUCCUGGAAAUACUCAAUAUAAGAAGCAAUAUUGCAUUAUAGCCGUGUUUGAAAAAGAUUUGAUCAAGGCAUGGAAUUUGGUGCUUACAUAUCAUGAUGACAAAAUUGAUGCUAUUAAACUUCAAAGUCAACAGAUUGCUAAUUUACCUCAAGAUGAGGAUAUUUACCAAAUUACGCGCGUUGAUGCGUUUUUAAAUGAUAAUAGCAAGAGCUUGAUUGCCGUUAUUGAUAAGGAAGGUUUACUAAAAAGUUACACCUUGGAUUACGAUACAGAUCAGCUUUCAUGGGUCACAAUGUGCAGCAUCCCCACCAAUGUAAAAAACCCAGGGAAGAUAAACGGGUCCACAGUAAUUAACAAAUUUGCUGUCGUUGAUGAAUACAAGCGUUGUUUAUCGAUCUGGGAUACAACUCAAGGGGUAUUAGAAUACGAAGAGACAUUUGCUUCGAAAAAUGGACCAGUUACAGACCUAGAUUGGACUUUUAUUAACGCUGCGUCCAAUGAAAACUCGACGACAAAUGCCAUCUUGUCGGUGGGAUUUGGAAGAUUUGUGUUGCUAUACACGCAAUUGCGGUACGACUACACAAACAAAAUACCAACGUAUGCCACCAUCAAAAAAAUUGACGUUUCUGAUUAUACUUCACAUGAGAUUGGCGACCUGAUUUGGCUUGAUAAAGGAUAUUUGGUGAUUGGGUGUGGGAAUCAAUUCUUUAUUGAUGAUCGAUGGAUUAAAUUGGGUUCUAGUACUAUUGACUCAACAAUACGACAAUUUAUGAGUGGGUAUGUUGACAAGCCUCAGGAGGAGAAGCGCGAUAAGGAGAAUAUAGUGUAUGAUAUUUCACAAUUGGUUAGAGUUUUGAAUGGUCCGUUGCCAAUAUAUCAUCCACAGUUCCUCAUUCAAGCAUUGUUUAUGAGUCAAAUUAUACCCGUACAGAAUAUCUUGGUGAAAUUGUUUCAAGCUUUGAGACAGGGGCAGGCAAUUGAGUGGGACUUAGGGAUUGAUUUUGUUCAUGAGAUUGAAAAACAUUUAGAGCCAACCAGUAAUGGGAAAAUUCAACCGUUACAGCGACGAAUGUCGCAAACUUUCAACUUGGAUGUGUUCACAAAGUUUAAUGAUGAAUUGGCCGAUUUGCUUCUGGAUAAAUUAAUGAAAGUAUCCCUUCCAUUAAUGACACGACAUCAGCAAAGUACUUUGUUAUCAGUUGUUGCCAUAGUCAAGGAAUUGAAUAAAUAUUCAAUGACUUUGGAUGAAAAUGGAAUAAGAUUCAUGAUUGGAUUUAAAUUGUUUCAAUUGGCAACGAAGCAAAAACGUCUUUCAAUGAGAGAUAUAAACUGGGCUCUACAUUCAGAUAAUAAGGAAGUAUUGUUGAAUUCGGUGGAGACGUAUUACAAAAAUCGAUUGACUUGGGAAAAUGUUCAACAAACGGGGUUGGCGUACUGGGUCAAGACAGAUCGAUUGAUCAAACUAGUUGAGUCGGUGGCCAGGAAUGAGUUUGGUGAAUCCCGUGAUCCUUCAGGCUUAGUGUCAUUGCUUUAUUUGGCGUUGCGGAAAAAGCAAAUCUUGAUUGGAUUAUGGCGUAUUGUCAAUCAUGAAGAGAAAACCAAGAUGUUGAAAUUUAUGAAUAACGACUUUACUAGUCCGAGAUGGAAAUCAGCCGCUUUGAAAAAUGCCUUUGUUCUACUUGGUAAACACAGAUACAUGGAUGCUGCAUAUUUCUUUUUGUUAGCUGAUAAACCAUAUGAUUGUUGUAGUACAUUGGCCACCAAAGUUGAAGAUAUUUCAUUAGCUAUAGCGGUGGCAAAGGUAUACUUUGGAGUACAGAAUAUCGGUAAAGAGUCAAAUGAUUGUUUAGUUCAAGUUAUGGAGAAAUUCGUUUUGCCUCAUGCGAUCCAGAAUGGUGAUCGUUGGAGUACAAGUUGGGUAUUUUGGCAGAUGAAUGAUAAACAAAUGGCGAUUCAAUCAUUGAUCAAAUCGCCAUUACAAAUGAUUGAACAAAGUGGCGAUAGGUUUAAAGAGUUGCGUGAUGUUGCUGUGUCAUCAAAGGGACAAAGUUUUCUUCGCGAUGAUCCGGUACUUGUUUUGUUAUUUAAUGAUUUGAGACAUCGUAAAGUGGAUUAUCUUAAGGGGUCAUUGAAUAUCUCCCUGCAACAGGAGUUUGAUUUUGUUGUUCGAGUAGCAAUGAUUUAUACUAGAAUGGGUUGUGAGUACCUUGCUUUACUACUUUUGAGAAGUUGGACAUUUGUUCAAGGGCAGAAGUACAUUGGACAGGCCAAUGGUGUUGAGAAUGGAGCUAAAGUUGAAAAUGGAUUUGCUCAAGAGAAUGGAAACGCGGCGCCAAACUUACUUAAUUCAUAUGCUGACGCACAACCUUCCCCUUCGUCACCUACUCAUACAUCCUUCAAGAAUAAGGCUCCACCACCAGCACAAGCAUUUGAGGAACCAGACAUGAGUUCAUUCAAUUUUGGAUUCUAG